CAUCUGCAUGGUACGUGCAGCCGCGCCGUGUCUGCCAGGCUGCGGCUGGGCACGCGUCCAGGCGCCCAAGACGGAAACUGGGGAUUGGAGCGGCAGAGCCUGGGCUGCUCCGAGUGAAGAAAGCGGGAAACACCACAGCUAAGUGCUAAUUCCAGUGUAAAGGUCGCAGCAUCUGCAGAGGAGUAGAAUGCUUGGCAGAAGGAGUACCGCCUCUGAUCCCGGGGCCUCCAUGUUCACGUCUGCAUCUAUGCCAGUUCCCUCAGAAACAGACACGCAGUGUUGAUGGGUGAACUUCUCACCUGAGGGUAAAGACUAGUUUGAAAAUGGAGAGCCAAGAACCAACAGAGCCUUCUCAGAAUGGCAAACAGCAUAUUAUUUCAGAGGAGUUAAUUUCAGAAGGAAAAUGGGUCAAGCUUGAAAAAACGACGUACAUGGAUCCUACUGGUAAAACUAGAACUUGGGAAUCAGUGAAACGUACAACCAGGAAAGAACAGAGUGCUGAUGGUGUAGCGGUCAUCCCUGUGCUACAGAGAACGCUUCACUACGAGUGUAUUGUUCUGGUGAAACAGUUCCGACCACCCAUGGGCGGCUACUGCAUAGAGUUCCCUGCAGGUCUCAUAGAUGAUGGUGAAACCCCAGAAGCAGCUGCUCUUCGGGAGCUUGAGGAAGAAACUGGCUACAAAGGGGACGUUGCCGAAUGUUCUCCAGCUGUCUGUAUGGACCCAGGCUUGACGAACUGUACCACACACAUUGUGACCGUAACCAUUAACGGAGAUGAUGCCGAAAACCUAAGGCCCAAGCCGAAGCCAGGGGAUGGAGAAUUUGUGGAAGUCAUUUCUUUACCCAAGAAUGAUCUACUGCAGAGACUCGAUGCUCUGGUAGCUGAAGAACAUGUUACAGUGGAUGCCAGGGUCUAUUCCUACGCUCUAGCGCUGAAACAUGCAAAUGCAAAGCCAUUUGAAGUGCCCUUCCUGAAAUUUUAAGGCCAAAGAUGACACUGGCCAUUUUUGUAAACGAGACCACCUGGCCUUCUUCACUAAGACUCUGUCUUCAACUUAGCUUAAUGUAGAUUUGAAAUUAGCUUUUUCAUAAAAUAAAAGCAGCACAGAAUGCA